AUGGAUCACUCCAUGCACUCGAUGGAUAUGGACCAUGGUCACGGCCAUGGCGAUAUGGAUAUGGGUGGCCAGUGCAGCAUGAACAUGAUCUUCACUUGGUCCUCCGAGAACCUCUGCAUCAUCUUUCGCCAGUGGCGCAUUACAGGACCCCUCUCCUUCUUCUUCUCGCUCCUCCUUAUCGUCCUGCUUACAGCCGGCUACGAAGGAGUCCGCAAUAUUACCCGUAAAUACGAAGUCGCUCAUGCCCAACGACUGAAUGCUUUUACUGCAGUCUCUUCCACUGGAGAUGAUGGCAUCGCCGACCCAUCCAUUGCCAACGUUACCGCCGAUCUUCCUGGUCUACCUAUCAAUAACGAGAGCUCACCAUUAAUUGUAGGACGGGAUAACCGAGCUGCCGUGAUCCGGAAGGGAAAGAUUACUAUGGCUGCUUUGUAUGCCAUCCAGGUAUUCUAUAGCUUUUUUAUCAUGCUUCUUUUCAUGACCUACAACGGCAUGGUUAUGAUUGCUGUUGCUGUUGGUGCCUUUGUGGGCUACCUGGCUUUUGCGGAUGGCACCCCAGCUACCAAGACGAUUGCUUGCCACUAA